CGGAAGAACUGCGAUUGGACUCAAUGGCUCCAGCAUGUCUUAUCAAACCGUGUUCACUUGCGGGUUAUCGGCCCCAUCCACCUCACCCAUGGGAAAGUCUCUGCCUCUUGGCCUUCCAAACCUUCUCCCAUGGCUUCUGAGCUUCCUGCUGCUCCCCCCUCCAUCCCUUGCCGAUGUCGGCACGGCCUCAUUCUACGGACCGCCGUAUCUCCCUACAGCGUGCUACGGGAGCGACGAGGGCCAGUUCCCUGCAAACAGUCUCUACGCGGCCUCGGGGGAGGGGAUUUGGGACAAUGGCGCGUCCUGUGGGAGGGAGUACCUGGUGAGAUGCCUCAGCUCAGCCACGCCGGACGCCUGCGUCGAGGGCCAGACGAUCCAGGUGGUCAUCCUCGAUCAUGCGGCCACGCUGAAUUCGAUACCUUCGACGAACGGGACCACCAUGGUCCUGUCAACCACUGCUUUCGGAAUGAUAACCCAGCAGUCGGUAGAGCUGAUCAACAUCGAAUUCACACCGGUUUGAAGGGUGGCCAGAGAUCACAAGAUCAGACCAAUUCUGAAACAUUGAUGAAUUAAAUUAUUGUUUCAGGAGAAAUAAAUAAGGAAGUGCCCUUUUUUUCUAGCUCCUGAAAUUUUGUGUGUUUGUCUCAACUAGGUCAUUUUUUGCUUCUUCUUCUUCUUCUAUGCUUUCUCAGCUUUGCAAUACUUCUAUUCAUUUCCUAAAACCCACUUGUUGCUUCAAAAAAGUGCUCUGAUUUAAGCGUAGCUGGUCCUUUAUCUCUCUCAUAUUACAUCUUCUUUCUUGAGAAAUUAUUCCUAGAUAUUAUCAAUCACAAUUGCUUAUUUCUGCAGCAACGUAUUAAGAUGAGCACUUGAUGAAUGGAGCCCAUAAGAAUAGAUGGAUGUAAUUGAUGGUGUUAAUGGGGACAUGAUGCAUGCUGCUUCUUUGUCUUGCAGUUCACUGCUGAUGUUCUCUUUUUUUUUUUUCCCCUUUUUAAGGGUGUACCUUCUUUGGUUUGCUUGAUAAAGUAUGCGGAGCCUCUAAUCCUCCCUUUUACACCACCCCCGCCCCUGACCAAAAAAAAAAAGGGGAAAACAAAACUUCUUUGCUUCUUGAGCCUGCCAAGAGUAAACGGGAUAUUAUUCCCAGUAAACCUUCCCUGAACUACUAAAUAUCUUCCCAGCAAAACGCUUUGAAAGAAAGGAUUCUAUUCCUAAUCUUUGAAGCAACCACAAAUUGUUUGCCAACAACAUAAGUCACUCAGCUUGUGUGGUGCGUUGUCAUUGCUUCCUUUGAAUCGGCAUCGUGAAAUGUGCCACUGAAAGAAGGAAAGUGAAUGGUGCAAAGCGACUCUUCUGAAGGCACGGUUUUUAGGUCCCACGAAAAAAAAAAUCUGUGAAAGCUAAACCGGCUGACCAGCACAGCCAGGUCAAGCAGGCACGCAUAGGUAGGCCAUUUUCCACACGGCAUGAGUGAAGGCGUGCUUGACACGGUUGCAGUUUUUGUUUGUUUGGCCCGCACGGUUCGGAGGAACGUUGAACAACGCAAGGCAGACGUCCCUUGGAAGAUUCGAAGAAUUAGGGAAAUGUCAUUCGACGGACGGUGUGAUACUUUCUCAUGCACGCAGCAAAUGCGCGGAUGUGUGCGUCCUUUUGUGUCUUGAUAGGAUUUAAUUUUUUCCGAAUACUGGUCUCAAACAGCAGGAGAAGGCUUGGGUGUAGGCCGUCCAUUGAUCAUGCAUUGUUGCAUGAAGAUAAAAACAACAGAGAUAAUCGGUGAAUUGCAAAGACCAUGUUUAGCGUUGUUGGUA